AUGGCUGAGUUUGAUCUGGUGGCUCCAGGGCCGCUGCCCGGGGUUCCCGCUCACCCUCUGGCCACUCUCAGCCCAGACUCUGGGUCGGCCAGCCCAGCAGCAGAAGAGGAUGCAGCCUCCCCCGGGAGCUCCCCGGGGGAGAGCUGGGGACAGAGCCAUGGCUCUGCCUGGCAGGGGGGUCCUGGGGCGGAGGCGGAGGCGGAGGUCCUGUGCGACUUCUGCCUCGGGGCCAGCAGGGUGAGGGCCGUGAAGUCCUGCCGGACCUGCAUGGUGAACUACUGCCCGGAGCACCUGCGGCCGCACCAGGAGAACAGCAGGCUGCACAGCCACCAGCUGACAGAGCCCAUGAAGGACCGGGACCUGCUCGUGUGCCCGGCCCACCACAGCCCCCUGGUUGCCUUCUGCUGCCCCGAUGGGCAAUGCAUCUGCCAGGAGUGCAGCCGGGCCGAGCACAGGGGCCAUGCCUCUGUCUCCCUCGAUGCCGCCCACAGGGACAAGGAGGCUGAGCUUCGGAUCACCCAGUUAGACCUGGAGCGGAAACUCAAGUUGAAUGAAAACGCCAUCGCCAGGCUCCAAGCCAAUCAUAAAUCCGUUCUGGUGUCGGUGUCGGAGGUAAAGGCGGUGGCCAAGGAGCAGUUUGGGGAUCUCCUUGCCGCCAUGAGGAAGGCCCAGGCUGACAUGAUGCUUUUCUUGGAGGAGAAGGAACAAGCUGCCCUGGGCCAGGCCAAUGGCAUCAAGACCCACCUGGAGUACAGGAGCUCAGAGAUGGAGAAGGCCCGGCAGGAACUGGACAGAAUCGCUGCCAUCGGCAACCCCGUGCUUUUCCUGGAGGAGUACUCUAAGUUCAAGAACAUGAAGGACGAUGCUUUCCCCAGUGUCUACAUUGGACUCAAGGACAAGCUCUCGGGCAUCCGCAAGGUCAUCACGGACUCCACCGCACACCUGAUCCAGUUGCUGCAGAGCUACAAGGAGAAGCUCCAGGAGUUCUCCAAGGAAGAGGAGUACGACAUCGGAACUCAGGUGUGUGCCAUCACUGAACACAAACACUGGACCUCAGAACCGGAGCCCAGCACCAGGCAGCAGUUCCUCCAGUAUGCCUGUGACGUUGCCUUCGACCCCGACACGGCACACAGGUACCUCCGGCUGCAGGAGGACAACCGCAAGGUCACCAACACCACGCCCUGGGCGCACCCGUACCCGGGCCUCCCCAGCAGGUUCACACACUGGCGGCAGGUGCUGGCCCAGCAGAGCCUGUACCUGCAUAGGUACUACUUUGAGGUGGAGCUCUCCGGGGCGGGCAUCUACGUGGGCCUGACGUGCCAGGGCAUCGACCGCCAGGGCGAGGAACGCAAUGGUUGCAUUUCCGGAAACAACUUCUCCUGGAGCCUCCAGUGGGAUGGCAAGGGGUUCAGGGCCUGGCACAGUGACACGGAGACCCCACUCAGGGCCCGCCCUUGUCGGAGGCUGGGAGUCUAUGUGGACUUUCCCGGAGGCGUCCUCUCCUUCUACGGCAUUGAGCCGGAGGCCAUGACGCUGGUGCACCGUUUCAACUGUAAGUUCUCGGAGCCCGUCUACCCAGCCUUUUGGCUGUCCAAGAAGGACAACGCCAUCCGGAUUGCGGAUCUGGGAGAGGAACCCGAGAAGCCGGCACCGACCCCGGUGGAGCCUGCUCCCUAG